AGCACUGGACCCAAGAACAGAGUAGGUGUAUUCAAUUGUCUCUUGACGAGCUCAAAGAUGCUCGUUUCUUCACUUCCAAAUGGAAGUUUCCAGCGAGCUCCACAGUCCUGUGAACUCGAGUAGUUCCCUGGCGAUGCCUUGUGGCCGGAGGCGGUCCCAUGAUAGCUCGCCGUAGACGCACCGCCUCGGGGUCGGAACAGGAAUACAGUUCUGUGGUCGUGCCUUCGACGACCUCCCGCUCUGCCGGGACCCACUACAGCCCGCAACCGGCGUUUGCGGUCAAUGCCGGUGACGCCAUGACCAGUCGUGACCGCACCUCCGAGUUCAAGUCGGCCGCAAAGCUGCUCCAGGGCAGACCCGGCAAUGGCUAUUUGCAAAGGAAGCAAGGACACAGCGAGAGGGCCGUUCAGGAGUGGGCAGAAUUCAUGCAUGUCGCCAGGCAAAUUGGGAAGGACAUUGCAAACACAUUCUCUAAGCUGGAGAAAUUGACAUUGUUGGCAAAACGAAAGACCAUCUUUGACGACAGGCCGAUCGAAAUCCAGGAACUGACGUACAUCAUCAAGCAGGACAUUGGCAGCCUCAACAAGCAGAUUGCCCAGCUGCAAGAUGCUGCGCGGUCCAGUAAAAACCGUGGCACAAAGCACAUGCAGUCACAUUCCAACUCUGUGGUCGUCUCUCUGCAGUCGAAAUUGGCCUCCAUGUCCAACGACUUCAAGAGUGUCCUCGAGGUGCGAACUGAGAACCUGAAGCACCAGAAAAAUCGUCGUGAGCAGUUCUCCCAGAGCGGUCACGUGAGCACAGCCAUGCCGCCCUCGGCGCUCUCGGGCCAUGCGGGGUCGGUGCUGCUCGCCGACGAGUAUGCGCGGUCUACCGGAGGCAGCGCGGGGGACUACUCCAUCAACAUGGAAGGCGGCGGAGCCCGGCAGAGGCAACUCCAGAGCCAGCAGCAGAUGCUGCUACUUGACGAACAGGAGUCGUACAUCCAGAGCCGUGCGGACACAAUGCAAAACAUUGAGAGCACGAUUGUGGAGCUGGGUUCCAUCUUCCAGCAGUUGGCCCACAUGGUCAAGGAACAGGAGGAGAUGGUGCAGCGAAUCGACGCCAACGUCGAAGACACGUCGUUGAACGUCGAGGCGGCGCACUCAGAGAUUCUCAAGUACUUCCAGUCGGUGACGUCCAACCGGUGGCUGAUGAUCAAGGUGUUUGCGGUGCUCAUAGUGUUCUUCAUCAUCUUUGUCGUCUUUGUGGCCUGACCGCACCGCAAGACCGUUGACAAGACCUUUCUGGGCUGUAUUUAUGCUGGGCAACGAGUUUCUUUUUACCUCGUUAAUAAAUUGUUUUUGCUUU